AUGCCGUGCCGUCCUGGUAUCUCGUCUAUGUCGCUAGGCCGGUCCUACGCUGGUCAUAGCCUGAAACAUAAACUUUCCAUGGCUGCAAAGCAUGGAAUAGAAGGUAUUGAGCUCUUCUACGAAGAUCUGGUUGACUACUCUGGUUCCGACUCUCCCUCUGCUCUUAUCGCAGGCGCUGCCACACUCCGGGAUCUUUGCUCAUCUUUAGGGCUUGAAAUUAUAUGUCUCCAGCCUUUCAUGCACUACGAGGGCUUGCUGGACAGGAAACUGCAUGAAGAGAGAAUCCAAGAGAUGAAGCUGUGGAUGAAGCUAGCCAAGGUGCUUCAAACGGACAUCAUUCAAGUUCCUUCGUCCUUCCUUCCAGCAGAUCAGGUCUCUUCCGACACAGAUCUCAUUGUCAGCGACCUCAAGGAAAUCGCAGAUCUCGGACUCCAACAGUCUCCGGUGAUCCGGUUUGUGUACGAAAGUUUGUGUUGGGGUACGCGUGUGAACAAAUGGGAAACAUGCUGGGAUAUCGUGUCGCGGGUCGAUCGAUCGAACUUUGGCAUCUGCCUCGACAGCUUCAACAUUCUCGGGAGGAUAUAUGCAGAUCCCAAUUCAGAAACUGGAAAAGCCCAAGGCGCAGCAAAAGAGGUCUGCGAUUCCUUACAACGGCUGGUCGAGCAGAUCAAGCCACAUAGGGAAAAGAUCUUCUUCAUUCAGAUUGUCGAUGCAGAACGGCUAAAGCGGCCCCUUGUACCCGGCCAUGAAUUUUACAAUGCCGAUCAGCCAGCACGCAUGUCAUGGAGCAGAAACUGCAGACUCUUCUAUGGUGAAAGCACACGUGGGGCGUACUUGCCGGUCAGAGAUGUUGCGUACGCCAUCGUUAGAGAAAUUGGCUAUGAUGGAUGGGUUAGUAUGGAGCUAUUCAAUCGAGUGAUGAACAACACAGAUCAUGCGGUUGUCGAAGAGUUGGCGGAGCGUGCAGCAGUAUCUUGGAGGAGAUUUCAACAGGACUUGGGGCUCCUUGAGGGUGUGGAGCCUGGUUCACUGGAGCCUACAAAUAUAUGGGAUAAGAAAGGACAAGAAACCAGGAGCGUGGUCCAGGAGACCGAAAUUGCACGUCUCUAG